GACCACUUCUUUAUCUUCUUGUUAAUUUUGCUGGAUGUUGUUUCUUCUCUCCUCCACCUUCUCUCUCUACUAAUCACUCUGUUAACUUUUAGUUUCCUCUCUCCUUCAGCUUCUCUCUCAAAACUUUAGGAUUUGCGACUGCUUGUUCUCAUUUUGUUGAAAGCUCGCACUGCCGAAUUCUUUACUCCUCUCUCUCUUUCUCUCUGCAAACACACUUGUCACUGUAUCAGUGAUACCACUGUCAUUUUUUUUUACACGCUGGGUUGAGAGUGGUUUUGAUGGUUGAACCACCGAUUUCCGGUUUUUGAUGCAUAUUUUUUUAAUUUCUGAUUUUCGAAGAGAACCGGGCAAGAUUGAGAUCCAGUUCCCGGUUUUUAAAACCAUGGAACCACUAGCCACUAGGUACUCCAUAUGUGAUUCUAUAACCAUGGCCUCUCACCUUCUCUAUGGCAUCCCAUUUCCCUUCGCUUCUACUUCUACACACCCCAACCAUGGCUGCACGCUUUGCAGUGACUGUCUAAUCCCUGGAGGGCUUGUCUUCGACCAUGUCAUGGAGGUCUGGGACCCACCCGAUAACAUCAAUCUCGGAAUGAUGUGUAGUGCGCGGGUCACCAGCCGGUCGCACUGUACGGAGUUUACUUCUCUUGGAAUGGAAGGAUUUGGAAAGACUACAAUUUCUGGAAUCGGAUAAUGAUGCGUGGAUAAAUACCACUAAUAAGUGGGACAAUAAUAAUAUUCAUAUUUAUACCACUAGUAAGUGGAUUAUUAUGGAAAGGAAAAACAAGGGAAAAGCUCCUGCACAGGACCAUUCCCAAAGCAAAGGGUUCCCAGCGGGACGACCUUUUAAAAUGCAUGAAGGCGCAUCUUCUGGUGUAAAACCCAGUGGAUCAACAUCCCUUCAAGGAGAUGUCCCGGCGGAGGUGACAUACUCCAAUGGUGAUAUAUUAAUUGCUUUACAGGAAGUUUUGUCAAAAAAUCUACAAUUCCACAAUGGUACCUAUUCAGAAUUACCAGAUUCUAUUAAAUUCAUUCUUGAUAACCUUCAGUUUGCUUUUACCAAAAAUCACAGUAAUGUUUUUCACAAAACCCUUAGAGCCCUUGAAAUCCACCUUGUUAACCUUACUGCUCAAAACGAGAUUUAUAUGAGCCAUUAUGGUAACCUUAUUCCAGAUAAUGACCUUGCUUCAAAUAUUGACUUUGUUCCAGAAAAUAACCUUGUUUCAAAAAAAGAGGCUCUUGUGAGCCGUCUUAAAGCCUACAUUAGUCAACUCUUUGCCAAAGAGGAGAUCCAUUCGAUGGAUAAAAAGACUAUAAUGGGCACUGAUUAUGCUAGAUUGAGUCUUAAGACCCAAUCCAUGUUAAGAAGUGCUGUUGCCAACUUGCCUUCAGAUUUACAAUCUCGUAUUCUGGAUAGCAAGGCUAUGUCUAGGUCUUUUGACCUAUGGUCCAAGUAUUUUAGAAAACUUGUUACUGCUACUAUUCCUGACCCUAAUGAAAUAGACGAAGGUGAUAAUGUCUUUAUUCAGCUUGAAUGGGAAGAUCACUUUGGGAGCAGUCUCAGAGUAUAUGAAAAGAAACAUCCAUUUCCUGGUCUCCUUAUUAAUUUUGAUGAUGGUUCAUAUUUCACUGAUGAAGAUUCAGAUGAUAGUGAUGAUGAUGAUCCUAAUUCUAGCUGGCUUUCCCAAAUGUUUGAAUAUGGCUUUGUUAGGUUUGUAAAGUUGACAAGUCAUAAACAGGCUAGCCAACUUCCACAGAUCAUUCAGAAUGCUAUUAAAGGGUUUGAAAACUCUUCCAUUAGACCUUUUGUUACUAUUAGAUGCUAUAGCACUCUACCAAAAUGGGAGAAAAAUAACUGGAUGAAUGUUAACCCCUCAAGGCAUCUCAUUCUCAUUAAUGGCUAUACUCACCAAGGGCCAUGGUUCAAGGGAAAUUCUCAAUUGUCCUUUAAAGAUCCUUUUGGUCUUGCAAAAUGCUGGAGAAAUUAUUUUAAUAAUCAAAUUCGUGAAGUUGCUCAUGAUCUAUGGAAAAAUUAUCAUUUCAUAGGAAGCACAGGUAGAAUUGCUGUUUUUGGCCCCAAACCCUAUGCUGAUGCCUUUGUUCACCUACAAAAAAAAGAUCAUCCUAAUCUAAACAGUCUUCUUAUCCCAGGAAAAACUCCAAAGUUUGAGCCAAUUUUAUAUUGUGGAUUCUGUAACAAGUAUGCUAUUUACCAUGAGCAUGUAUGUGAUUCUCCACAAGGUCUUUUUGAUCCUUUUGAUGGUUAUCCCUCCGAUGCUCCCUCUACUGAUUGAUGAGGUCACUACUAGACUGGUGUUACUUUAUUUUCCUGGCUUGCACAAUAGCCAAAAUAGUCAGAACUGAUACUUCAGAUUCUGCGGAGGAUUUUGAUUCUCUUAUUUGUCUAGCCUGCACAAUGGCCAAUGCUCCAAUAUUUACUACUAUUAGAAGCUGGUUUUUCACCAUUAUGAUGCUUCUAAAGGAUCCCAAAGAAUGAUGUUCACGUGAAGACAACAAAGUGCAUGCCUAUUAGUGACUUCUUUCUUAUUGGCUUCUUUUUGUCUCUUAAGGACACCAAUAAUGAGGCCUUGUUCCUACACUUAUAGGCCUAUUGCUGAUGUCUAAGAGGUAUUCCCAUAAUCUUGUGGAUUCCUUACAAGAUUGGGUCAAAAAGAGAAGAAAAUUUUCAUUUUACUAUUCACCUGUCACUAUUCAUCUGUCACUAUUCACUGUUACUGUUCAUCUGUUACUAUUCAUGACACUGUUCACUCUGAAUUUUGCCUAUUUAAGGGGGGUUGUCCCUUAUGUUUUGGGGGUUUUUUGAAGC